UCUUUCCAAAUCGACGUUUAACAAGCCAAGCAUUGUUUACGAUAAAUCUCUUUGUCUAUUAAUAGCGGGAAGUGACAUCCGGGGUUAAGAGCUUUUUGUAACACUUUAAAAUAAAUAAAUACUGACCCGUUUGACCACGAAAACAACUUGGAGUUUCGGCUCUCGUCUGUUAGUAUAUAAGGACGUGAAUGUACGGAGUUUUAAAAACCAAUGUUUUUAUUUCAUUAAUUGUUAAACACUACAGUAGCCUUCAGAGAUGUCUGGAUUUUAUUUUCUGUUAAUUUUGCUGUUUUGUUGGAAUUACGAUUCUGUCGGAGCAGACGAUCCAUGGAGCACUCCUCCAAAUGUUUACCCUAGAUCUCAGAAAGUCGCUGAAAAUAGUCCCGCAAUUUUCACGUGCGUGAGCUACAUUCCCGGGGCUGAUAUUUCUUGGUACAAAUCUGGUAGACGUCUGGACGAAAUAGAAGAUGAGGUCACUAUAAGAAGAAUAAAUGACGUCACAAGUGUGCUAAGAAUUGACGCAGCAAACAUUAAGAAGCACAAGAAGACGUUCUCUUGUCGUAUAGAGUUUGAAGGGAAACAGGAAACGAUUAGUGUUAAUUUAAAAGUGAUGUCAUCAAAACGGCUCCACAAGAACUUCCCGCAUAUCACCCCUGUAAGGAGUGGAGAUGAUUACAUGUUACCCUCGACGGACCCAAAUACCGUCCGUAUGAAAUGUGAAAGUUUGGCAAACAAAAAAAGCACACCGACAUGGCGAUGGAUCAAAGAUGACUUCAUUGACCUCAGUAUUGAUGACGCCAGUGAUGACGACACAAACGACAGAAUAGAAGUUACCGACGAUGGUGAGCUUAUAAUUGAGGGUGUGAGCGCCAGCGACAGUGGACGAUAUAUGUGUGUGGCAACAAAUAACCGCGGAUCGGCCUAUGGAACCCCUAUUAAAGUCUCAGUGCAACAAGGUCCCUCAAUCCCGAGCGGAUGUGUUGACGAUUUGGGCGUGCGUUCUGAAUUUGGCGAGACAUACAACCAUGGUGGAGACCUGUGCACGAAUUGCACGUGUGUUGAAGGUGUAGGUGUAAGAUGUAGAUCUGUUUCCUGUAUACCUAUAUAUUGUUCUCCUGGUCAACGGCGGGUGAAAAAUGAGGAGAAAUGUUGCGAUUACAGAUGUGUACCAGAAACAGAGGACGGCACUGAAGCCAGUAUGUGCACUGACCGAGAUGGACUCAAUGUGGCGUCAGGUCAGAUAUUCAAACCGGCAGAAGAUCCUUGCAUGCAAUGCGUAUGUGAUAAUGGAAGACGUGGCCGAUGUAUGAUGGUUGCAUGCCAGGCACCAACCUGUAAGGACUAUAUUUCAUCACGUGAUAUUUGCUGCAAUUACACGUGCUUACCCCCGCUUCCGGAACCAUCGAAUAUCGAAGGGACUUGUAGAGAUCAUAUGGGUGUGAUGAUUUCUAAUGGGGAGAUGUACCAUCCUGAUUCCACAGACCCCUGUAAAACCUGCGAAUGUGUAAAUGGACGGGCAGGGUUUUGUACACAGGUCGUUUGUGAUGAACCAACGUGUAGAAACUACAAGCUUAUACCCGGAACGUGUUGUGGGUUUGAAUGCCCGGAUGAAGAGAUUGAAUCUGUUGAACUAGACCUUGAUGGUGGUUGCCGUAACUACGACGGUACUUUUGUUGGUAACGGCGAGCCAUAUCAACCACGUUCUGACACAUGCUUCACGUGCACAUGUUCUAACGGAUACCCAACUUUAUGUAGAAGUAUCAGUUGCGUUACCCCAGAGUCAGAUUGCCAAAACCUGAAACGUGUACCUGGCAAGUGCUGCGAGUUCUACUGCGAACAUCCGUCCGGACCAGUAUCUGAUAACGUUGAAAAAGUGUUAGGCAGAAUCUUUAUUCAGCAGAUCGGUUCCAGCAAGGCUUUUGUUCAGUGGAAAAUACCAGAAAAAUAUGCUGCAGAGCUGUCAAAUUUGACCGUCUUUUCCUACAGAAACUCGCUUAAUUCAAGAUCAUACGAGGCAAUAAACAUUGGUGAUCGUCCAUAUGCAAUUCUAAAUGACCUUGACCCCAACUUUGAAUACCACGUGGUAGUAAACGGAAGUCUAGAAAAUGGAGCAGCGUUCAUGUCGUCAUUACCAGUCCAAUUCUCCCUAGAUGGCAGGGGGCGGUCAUCGUUUGUGCUGAGUGACGCAAUUGGUCAAGUGUUCGAAUCUCGUGGAUCCAUUGCCUACGAAGGAUACAGCUUACCGCGGAAAUUCGAGCCAGUGGUCCGUCCGGAAGGCAUUAAAAUCAUUCUUAACACGGAAAGUUUUCAUAGAGUUGAAAUAACUAGAUACAACGAGUCCCCUUGCAUGGAUCAGCAUUGCGGUUUAUUACGAUUCUAUGUAUACACUGUCGAAGGAGAGUCCAAAAAUGUCCUGUCAUUAAUGUUUACAAAUGAACAGGAUUUCACUUGGGCAAAGGGACAUCUUUAGUAAGCUCGCACUGAAGAAGACGAAAAGAAAAAGAGAUAUAUCUAUAUAUAAUGAAUUUGUAAUUCUAUGAAUUAUAUAAAUUGUGACAAAUAUAAACAUUAAA